CGAAUCGUAUCCCGAAAUACGAUUUGAACCGGUCAGUUAACUAAUGCUUCACUAUCGUUGCAUGUGUAGCACUGGAAUAGUUCCAUUCGGCAUUUCAAUGCGAACAUAGGUUAUUUUUCCGUUAAACACAGAAAAUUAUCUCGCGUAUUUUAUUUAUUAUACGAACUGAUAACAUAGUUUUUUUAUGUUAAUGGUCAAAUGAUUAUUUGAAUAUUAUUCUGUGAUAAAUUUUAUAAAACAGGUGCAAUAUCUCGGUGUGUUUUUGCUUUAAAAGUUACUUGGUUUUUUCUUUCACGAUUUUAGGUGUUAUGUAAUAAAAAAAAUCAACCUACCUGUAUCGAUUUAUUAGAAGAUCGCCGAAAAAAUUUCAAUGAUCAAGGUGUUCCAUGUGAAGCUGCUAUACGUUGUUGACAUGAUACAUUUAUAGUAUUUAAUUGAUUCUUCAACUGUACACAUACGUUACAUUUUGACGAUAUUCCAAAAUGGAUAACAUGGAGGGAUUAAGUCCACAUAAAGAUAAUAAAUUUCGUUCCUUAAUUACGCAGGUUUUAGCUGCCUUAUCAUCUGCGGUGAUAAUGUUCAAUUUGGCUGAAACCAAUGCCUUAAUGAGUGUAGUCAAUAGUAAACUAAAAAUAAAUAAAGCAAAUGGCACUGAAACUUUCUUUAUUACGGAUGAAGAGUCCUCGUGGUAUAGUAGUUUACACAGUUUAAUGCACAUAGCCGGCAGCUUAUUGGCCGGAUACUUGCAAGAACGUUGCGGACGUAAGAAAACUAUGCUAUUAAGUUCAGUUCCACAAGCAGCAGGAUGUUAUUUAUUGUAUUGCAGUUCGAGUCCCAUGCAUUUAUACCUAUCAUCGAUAUUGGUCGGAGUUGGGGCUGCUCUGGGUGAAGUUCCGGUGGCAACUUAUAUCAGUGAAACGGCUAGCAGUAAAUUUAGGGGACGUUUGUUCUUUUUUACCAAAUUUGGAUACGGUCUGGGUGCAUUGUUUCUAUUUUUCCUCGAUAGUUACCUAAACUGGAGGACUUUAGCGUUGAUCUCAACUAUAUGCCCUUUACUCGCUACGUGUUAUUUAUUAUUGAUUCCUGAAACGCCCUUAUGGCUUUUAUCAAAAGGUAGACAUCAGGAUGCCUUAGAAUCAUUGAGCUGGCUCCGCGGAUGGGUGCCAACAAACCUAGUCUCUGAAGAAUUUUCAAAAUUACAGCAAUAUAUCAAAGAUAGCAAAAAGCUAGGCAAGAGUAAAACUAAAUAUCUUCCGGUGUCCACGAUAUCAGACGAAGAAAAAGUCACUCGUAAAAACAAAUCAUGGAGCGGAUUUAAAAUAUUACUAACGCAUGAAUUUCUUCAACCCUACAAAAUAGUCACAGCAACAUUUUUCCUCAGCUACAUUUUAAGUUUGAAAAUCGUUAAACCGUAUUUAAUCGUCGUAUUGAAUCGUUUCGAAAAAGACAUCAAAUCUAGUAGAAUUUUGGCUAUAUCGAGCUUCGGUCAAAUAUUAGGAGCGGUGACUAUGUUACUUACAAUUAAUACAAUUGGUAAACGGAAACUGAUAUUUUGGACUUUCUCCGGCAGUUCGAUCUGUUUAGCACUGUUUGGAUUGUAUGCUUUGCUUCACAACACGUAUGGGUUCCAGCAAAGUUGGAUUUUAUACGUCAUAUUUACUUUAAUUUAUUACUUGACCGGUUACGCAAUCGGUGGAAUGCCUUGGUACAUCUGUGGUGAACUUUAUCCUCAAAAAAUACGAGGAAUGGCUAGCGGAAUUUCUGCAACUACUGGCUACCUAAUGAUAUUCGUAUUGGUGAAAACCUAUUUCAAAAUGGAAGCGUUAUUCGACCUACCAUAUUUGUUCUUCUUUUACGCUAUAAUCGGUUCAUUAGGAACGGUAUAUUUAUACUUUGCAUUACCCGAAACGGAAAACAAAAGCUUAGAGGAGAUAGAAAAAGUCUUUAAAAAUAAGAAAAAAUCAUCGAUUAUAAAAAAUGAAUUAGUUGAUGGUAAAAUGCAAAAAUCAUUUUUAAACGGCAAUAAGUGAUAUUUUUCAAACGAUGCAAACACCUUAUGAAUAGGUAUUAUUCGACAUAAUAUUCGUGUUACCAAAGAUAUUCUACAUCCUUGAAGGAAAAUUUUCAAAGAAAAUCUUCGAUUAAGUAUAAAACUCGUAAAAUGAGUUACCAAAUUGACAUAAUAAAUUUCAAUUUCAUUCGAAAUGAAUAUGUUACGAUUUUGAAAAAGAUUUUAAUGAUUGUUCAAGGUUUGAAUUCACUGCCCCUGAUACCUAUUAUGUUUUCGUGUGAUUUUCAUCUGAAUAACGAAGUAAUCUGCAUUUCCUUUUGCAUUUUUAAAAUUAUUUCUACAAGAAAAAUCACCACCGAGCAGCAGCCAGACUAAUUUGUAUUUCAACUGUACGUUAUAGUAUGAAAUUAUCAUGAUAGGAUGAAUUCUCUCUAAAAUAAAAAUAAAAUGAGAAUUAUCCACUGUGAAAUUACGUAGUUAGUACACUAGAUAUUGACGUUCCUUGCAUUAUAUUAUUCUUCAAAUAUAAAUGUCAUACGAUCAA